AUGGCCUCAGACCUGCUAACGUUGCUAGCGUCCCUUACAGACGUGAAUGCCAACUACUUGUGGCCGGCUGCACUCGCAGCAUUCCAAAAUGCGUCCGGUGCCAGAUCAGAGAGCCCUGAACCCGCAAACAACUUCAGUCCCACCGCGAACCCCACGCCAAUCCCACCUCAAGGCAGACGCAGGAUGACUCAGCAGAACCCGAAUUCGCCCAACAAGCGCCGCGGCCGAUACCAGUGCGGCUACUGCAACUUCCUCGGUGUGACUCCGUCGCACAUGAAACGCCACAUCCUCAUCCAUACGGGCGAGCGGCCUUUCGAAUGUCCGUUGUGCCCGCGACGCUUCACUCAGAAAGUCCAUCUCAAGUACCACAUGAACAAAACCCACAAACUGCCUGGAAUCCCGGGGGAUAACAACUCGUCCCCAUUGCCUGUGGGGCAGGGAUCGCCGGGCUCUGGUGAAGAAGGCGUCACUCCUGUGAGCGGAAUUAGCGCCCAUGACGACGAUGUCACGGAGCUCGACGACGGACCCGAGCCCCCCGUCAACCCAUCGUCUCUAAUGCAGACGGAGAUGACUGCGUGA